UCGUUUCACGUUUAAACUUCUAUGUCAUAUCGGAACAGCAUACAAAAGGUAUGCUACAUGAUAUACCACUCAUUAAUAAAGUUAAGUGCCAGGGACUUUUUUAAACAAGCUAUAUUUGGAUAUUACUGUUUUAUCAAUCAUGCAUUCUCCAAAUAGUUAUAAAUGUCUCUAUCAGUAAUGGAUGCAUCUACAUUACCCAGGGUUAAUGACAAGGCUUUGGAAUUUGAAGUUAAUAUAAAAGAUGCACAGUUUAAUUUGGAAGGCAAAUAUUUCCUCAGAUUGUCUGUACAAAGUUUACAUACAAAGGACUACAGUAAGAUUCAAAUAAAAGAAAGCGGUGUGCCAUACUUUGAGAACCGAUAUGAAGGAGAGACAGACACGGUUGCACAGAAAGAAACAACAGCUAUGGUCACAUUUAGAGAAAAACAGUUUGUUUUUAGACUUCCAAAAGGUUUUUGUAUGAAUGAUAAAAAUCAUGAUGUACAUCUACUUGUGGAGGCAUUUACCAGACCAAAGAUUGGUGCAAAAGGUCGUAAAGUUGGCGAAGGAAAGUUUGCAAUAUAUCCUCGUCCAAAUGCUCCCCGGAUUAAAGUAAAUGUUGAACCUGGAGAUGAUUUCUAUAAUUAUACAGACGUUAUGUCACUUUUGAGGACAGUUAGUACAGACAGUGUUCAGAUGCAUUGUGGGAGAAUCAGAUGUACUUAUGCUUUGAGGGAAGUUCUUACAGUAAAACCUAAAUCUCCACCAAAGACACCUCCAAAAUCACCUGUCAAAAAGCCUGUUUCAAAACAAAAAAGUCCAGAAUUACGUGAAAAAGAUGAUAAAAACAGAACCAAUAGAUUAGAACCCCCACCGACAAACAGAACAAUCACGCCCACAGAUUCCUGGGGUGGCGACAAUGUAUCUAUCAAUGUUCCAGGUACUCCACCAUUGCCACCACAGCUCGAAGGAAGAAAGAUUCCUGAAGACCCAUUACAAGACAAAGACAGGCAUAGUUUUGAGAUCAGUAAAAGUUACAGACAUGUAUCUCGCAAAGGAAAAGAACAAAUUGAUGUCAUACUCCAUGGUGCUAGUAAUUUACCCACAACUCCUGAUGGCCAGCUUCCUGUUCCAUUUGGUGUAGUGAAAAGUAAAACAGAUGAUGACAAGAAUGUGAAAACUGGUGCUUCAACACAUACAUCACUGAGACCUACAACGGCUCCCUCCUGGGAAGAACUAGUCACUGUGAAUUUUGAAGAGAAAUCAGCUGCUGAUGAAGUACUGACAAUAAUAGCAGCUGAUCAUCCUUCUAAAGAGAUGCUUGUUAAAUAUGAAAUACCAAUAUCAUAUCUACAGCCAUUCCAUCAGUAUCAUCUAGAACUAAUCAAGCCUGUUAAAGGAAUUCCUAAUGGAGUGAAAACAUAUGUUACUAUCACCAGGAAAACAAUGCAUCUACCAAAAGACCCAUCCUCACCUGAUUAUCUGGCUUUAGAGGCUACUUUAAGAUCUGUACAGAAACCAUUACAGACAGCUAAAGGUCCAUUGAUAGCAGUAGCUAGGGUUAUUCCUGAUUACUAUAAUUACAAGAACAAUCAGCUGCUUACCAAUCCUAGAUCAGCUGGUGUCACUAUGAACAGCGUUACCUUCCCAAAUCCUCAUCCAUCAUCAUUUAGUGUUCCUCCUAGAAGUAUGCAUGGCUAUCCUCAGAUAAGCUUGCCAGGUAGACCUGAUGUUCAGCCUGAAUGGAAUCAUCCUUAUUUAUUCUGUGAAGAAAGAGACAAAGCAACAAUGUUUACACCAAGUGCAGCCUUAGUUCUAGAAUAUUAUGAAGCAAGUGCAGCUAUGUCUGAUCAGUUUUGGAAGAUGGUCAGUCCUGUUGGGUUUUCAGCUGUACCACUAGACAAAGAUAUGUAUACAGAACUCACUAACAACAGAGCUAAACAAGGAUUAAGAAUAGAUGGAGUACCUAUCCAGGGCACAGAAUAUGUUACAAUAGAAGGAAAACAGCCAACCGUAGGAAUGGUUCUCAGAUUGAUUACUACAAAUAAUCCAGAUAGCAUGGUGUCAACCAGUAAUGUAGACAAUCUACCAGAACUGAACCUGUUCCCAGAACCUCAGGGAUACUAUCGUACAGCUAGUCCAGAUAUCAUGUUAAUAACACAUACAGAUGAUCCAACCAAUACAACCAUGCAGGACUAUUCACAGGAUAUCACUGUUGAUUCCCAGGUACUUAUGGAACCAGUCAGGGAACCAGUGGGACCUGCUUAUUAUCUACAGAAGAAAGUCAAAAGACCAAUGUCGCCACCUACGAUGUAUAGAGUAUACGAUUUACCGGUAGAUAGAUAUGAUGAAAAACAGCCCAUCAAAGAUGGAGAGAUGCCACCAUAUGAAGCUGUUGAAACUGUUUUGCCAGAAUACCAGUACAUAUUUGUGGACCCAAAUAGUCAGACUGGACAAAGAACAACCCAAACCCAGAGCCCAACAGUUAGAGUCAGACAUCAACCCCCAGCAGACACUGUAAUGCCUGGGGCCUAUGGAACCUCCAUAAGUGAAAGACAUCGAAGACCACCAGAUGAUUUAGAUAAGACAUCAUUAUCUGUUAUGGAUCAUCAAAUGAGAGAAUUGGAAAAUUAUAGAUCGGCCGUUCAUAAAAUGGGCCAAGAUAUCUUAGCUCUCAGGGCACAGAUACAAGAGCUUGAGGCAAAUAACAGCCAGUUACGUAGGGAUUUAGCAAAUUAUAACGACGCAAGUAAACUGAUGAUUGAAUCGGCAGAACUUGAUGGCAUGACCAAGCCAGAAAUCAUGUCAAGAUAUGCUGGAUUGAAACAAACAUUACACUCACAGACAAAUGAUGUGAAAGCUUAUAAAAUGAAAGUGCAAGCUCUGCAGAAUGAACUUAUCAAGAAAAAUGAUGCCCAGAAGAACUAUUUACAUAUGACACACCAGUUUAACAAACAGAAAGAACAGUUACUGAGAAUGCAGGAGAAAAGUGCAAAAUGGAAGAAAGUAGAAGAAACUUGUCGUUCACAAGAAAAAGUUAUAGAAAAGAUGGAAAAGGUUUUAGAAAGACAACAUAAAGAUAGAUCCAAAAAUCAGAAAGAUCAUGCUGGUCAGGAAGCUAAUGAAGCCCUUUUACAAGAAAAUAAACAUUUACGUACACAGAUAGAGGAUCUUAAAGAUCAGUUAAGAGGUGCUGGUACACAGACAAAUACAGGAAAUGAUUCUGAUAAAUUUGAAAUGUAUCAAGCCUUGGAGAAGUCAGAAGCAAGGAUUGCUUCCCUUGAAAGACAGUUAGCAGAAAAUUCGCGAGCAUGGGGUAAAGAGAGAGCUGAUUUAAUGAUACGUCUCAAUGAGGCAGAGAAUGGAUUUGGUAGAGCUAAUGGAAUGGUCUUACAUGAUUACCCUGUACAUAAUGACUCACUAAAGACUCAUAGAAGAAAUAGUCCCCGUUUAACCCCUCUAUAUCGGUAGUAUAUAAAGGACAGUUUAAAACAUUUCCAGGAGCAUUUAGACCUGUUGAUCAGGAUUUCAUCCCAAAAGAGGUGCUCAACUUAUCAUAACUCAUCAUAUUACUGUUGUACAGGAAGGACUAGUUGUGUCCAGUUCAUUUAUUAAAAAAACAUGGCUUCCAGGAUAAAGAUAUUGGUUCCACAUGAUUUUGUGUACAGCACUUUUUUACGAGCAUUGAACAAUUACUUCAAAGUGAAACAUCAUCUUUAAACAAUGUCUAUUUGCAGUGGCGGAUCCAGGGGUUAGAGGUCCUUUUUUGACAAUUAAUGGUUUUGAAUGGGGAAAUGGUUGGAACACAUCUCCUUUUAUAAAUGUCUGGUUCCACCCCUGAUUUGUAUUGUAAAUGAUGUUGGAAGUAUGCAAUAAUUUAGAUGUUAAAAGAAAUCAUACUCAGUAGAUAGAAGAUAGACAAUAUAAGAAUUGGGAAAGCUAAAGAUAAAACAUGUAAACUUAAAAUAGUUUAAUAGUUUAAUCUGUUUCAGAUUUUGUUUUGUUUUUAAGAAAUACAAACUAUCCCUCAUGAAAAUGCAUUUUCUUGUGAGAAUUGAUAGGAUAAUAAUAUAUACCAGUAUGCUGUAUUAAUUCUCGGCUUGAACACCAUGUCUGAAGCUGUUGUAAAUUGAUCUUUAUAUUACGAGAUAUGUUAAACAAAUGAUGUACCAGUAUUUCUCAGGGAUAUUAGGUACUUAGCUGGUAACCCAAAUUUUAAAAGCCAAAAAACAGAAAAAAAACUUUUUUUUAAAUAUCUUUAAAAUUUGAAAAAAAAAUAUUAGUUGUACAUUUGUAAUAUUGAAGAAAAAGGAAAUUUAAAAUAAUGUUGAUUUGUAACCUUAUAAUAUUCAAUCUCUUUCAAAACUGAAUUAUUGUAUUCCUAGAAUAAAGUUGAUCUUUGUUCUAAGUGACAUUUCUAAUUUCAUCAAACAGAUGACAUAUUAAGAUAUGGUAUAUAGUAUAUACCUUGGAAUAAUAAUUUUAUGAAAAUUAGUAUAGUGCUUUUUUUAGAAGCAUAUGUGAUACAUAAAUAAAAAUAUGCUGCUCUUUCCAAUCCAAAAAUUUUACCAAGUAAAAAUAAUAAAGUCUUGCACAUUUCAGCACAACUUUUGAUUAUUUUCAAUUGAAAGAUUUUUUGUGGAAGGAGAUGCAGAAUUGUAGAUGACUAUAUUUACGAUAUAUUUAUUGUUAUUUUGUUAUAUAUUGAACUGUGAUACACAUAAGACUGUUAGAUAUUUAUAUUUUUGUUAAAAUAAAUUGAUGAUAAUA